AUGACCAACAAAGAUCUAUCUCCCCGGGCGGAGCGUGCAGAGGGUCAUCGCACAUCUCCCGGACAAACCCGCGGAUUAGCUCCGCCCAUGUCGAGUCAUGCUGAACACCGAGUAUCAGGCGUGCCUGCUUUGACGAGACUAGCACCUUCGAGCGCAGACGACGAGAGGUUGGCAAACAAAGGUUCUGUUGAGCAUGACCAACGAGAUCUGCUGGCACCUUCGAGUGCGAAGCUCGAUCAACGCUCCCGUAGUGCGGAAAUGCGUGAAGAGCUCUGGAGUUUACAUCGACUCCGCACCAAACCACGGUCGCGCGCCAGUUCGCUUUCGAAGCAUUCUCCACAGAGUGCAAAUCCUACGCCGUUUGGCAGUCCCUACGCCAGUCCAUAUGGAAGUCCUUAUGCAAGCGCAAAUGCGAGCGCCAACGGGAGCGCCAAUGCAAGUGCGAAUGUGAGCGCAAAUGCGUCCACCACUUCGUUGCACGUUGUGCCUGAGCACGCCGAAGCCGUCAUUUCACCUAUAUACAGCCAGGUUACCUCGAGGGAUCGCUCGACUCCCUCAAAUGCCACCGCGGAGACCUUGGUGCCCUUUCCCCCCAGUUCGUUUCGAUCGGCGUCUGCGUCUGCUAGCGGCCGACAUUCGCGCUCACCCUCCCCUAAUCCAUCGAUACGGCAGAAAUCAAGAGACUAUCCUGUAUACCCCAAUCAAGCCCUCUCCGUCUUACAGACCCAGGUCUACCCGAGACCCUAUCAUCCCGCUCCUCUCUGGUCUCGAAACUCUCACCAUUCCCUCUACUCCUCCGACUCAGGCAUUGGUUCGCCUCGUCAUUCGCGAGAGCAUGGUCGCUCUGACGCCCGGACUGCUGGAAACUCUCCCGCGUCAAGUCCGGGUCUCUUUACGCCCUCUUUGCCUCCUCCACAUCCCGCAAUCGGUACUACAGAUGAAGGGCAUUACAGCAGUCCGUACCUGCACUGGACUCACACGCAAGCACCAAAGGAGACCCACGUGGCUGACGUUGACAUUGAUCCUAUAUCGGGCCGGAAACUUAUCAACGAGUAUGAAAUCAUUGAUGAACUAGGUCGUGGCGUGCAUGGAAAGGUCAAGCUCGGUAGGAAUCUGAAUACCGGCGAAGAAGUGGCAAUCAAGAUUGUCGAGCGGUAUUCCAAGCGUCGACGGCUAGGAAAAGCUGGGAAUCCUGAAGACAAGGUGAAGAAGGAGGUCGCUAUAUUGAAGAAGGCCCGCCAUCCCAACGUGGUCAGCCUCCUCGAAGUUAUCGAUGAUCCUGCCAAGAAGAAAGUGUACAUUGUGCUGGAGUUUGUCGCCCUGGGCGAGAUUCAGUGGCGAAGAAAGGGUCUCAAGGAGAUUGUCACUGUUGAGAAAAGGCGCAUCGAGCGUGAGCUCCGCGGUGUUGAAGACACACCGCUUUAUCUCGCCGAAGAGGAACGAAUUAUGCGGGAAGGCCAGAAACGACGGAGACGGCAAGCUAAGCGUCAAGCACAGUUGCAGUAUCCAAAGCAGAGCAAUGCUGAAUACUGGAGUCUUGAGUACGGAGGAGAGUCCGAAGGUGAAGAAGAACACGAUCUCCGACGACCUUCUGUCGACUCCAGCGCAGAUUUUCAUUUUGGUCCUCCCGUUGUCGGAUCCUACGCCUCGUCGCAAUUUUCGAAUCCUUUCCGGACAGAGCAAGACAUAGGACCGCUUGAUUCUGACAAUGAGGAUGCUCCAGCCCCUUCGCGCUCUCGGGCACCCUCGAAUGCGGUCGAGCCUUCCUCACACUCGUCCUCUUUCGCUGCGCUUGAAGGUACCAUGUACGGAGCUUAUGCCUCUGAUCAAUAUCGCGGCCGCACCCCCAGUGUGGCAGAUAGCGUGAUCUCUCGCAUGUCCUCAGACAUUGUUCGCGACACCGGAGAUGAUGAUCUCGCGUAUGUGCCUUGUUUGACGUUGACAAAUGCUCGUUCAGUAUUUCGCGAUACCGUUUUGGGGCUCGAGUACCUGCAUUAUCAAGGAAUCAUACAUCGAGAUAUCAAGCCCGCGAACCUUUUGUGGACUGCCGAUCGCAGGGUAAAGAUAUCAGACUUUGGCGUGUCCUAUCUGGGAAAGCCUGCACGGGACAUCGACGAAACUGACAACCGUUUGAACUCCGCCGGAGAGCUCGACGAGGCCGUGGAACUUGCAAAGACUGUUGGAACACCUGCAUUCUAUGCGCCAGAACUUUGCCAUACGGACUACACGAGACCAAGGCCUCCAGUCACUAGUCAAAUUGACGUCUGGGCGCUCGGGGUCACGCUCUACGCUAUUCUCUUUGCCCGGCUACCUUUUCGGGCGGAAGAUGAGUUUAGUCUAUAUAAGGCCAUUUGUGACGACGAGUUGGUCAUCCCGCGAAGGCGGCUGAAGGCAGUUGACAACCGUCCUACCUCUCGAGCAAGUUCCCAAGCGCGCAUGGCCCCUCGUCGACCAGAUAAGCGCCUGGAGAACGAGCUCGACUACGAACCAAUCGAUCCCGACCUGCAUGAUCUUCUUGAACGGCUUCUGGAGAAGGAUCCGAUGAAGCGAAUCACGCUCAAAGAGGUCAAACAUCAUCAAUGGGUCCUGCGGGACAUUGCAAACCCGAUCUCGUGGCUCGAAGAAUCAGAUCCGUCCCGGCAGAGCCACGGUCGGCGAAUCGAGGUAUCAAAGGAAGAAGUUGCCGAUGCCGUUGUCCCAUUGACUAUCAUGGAGAGAAUGAAGUCUGGGAUGCGCAGGUUAGGCGGAGCUUUAGGCAUUGGAAAGUCAAGUCACAGUCGUAGACCAGGCAGGGAAUCGUCAACGACAAGCGAACGUCUUCCAAGUUCUUCCGCUGCAUCCUCUUCGAGCAAACUCAGUGUAGACGGGAGACGAAUGAGCAUGAGAGGGGAAGAGUCAAUACUGUCCGCGCUCAAAGCUGCGCGGGAAGAACAUCAGCAUGGGCACAGUUCGGCGACGGCGACACCUGGAAUCACCAGGGCAGAUCAGCCAUUCUUCCAGGGAUCAUUACAUUCUGAGUCUACGUCCGCUAUGCCCCAUGGCACUCCUUUGCCGCCAGAUCCCGCUCAGAAAAUAACGGGGACACCGUCCCGGCCGUUUAUGCCAGAGCGCGCUGUGUCGGCAACUGGUUCCAUGAAGACGAUCAAGCCAGCUGAAGUACAUUCUGUGCAACCCUCACGGCCACUUUCCCCUGUGCUUCCAAGUACGCCUGUUACAGUCGAUUCUCCAACGGUCACAAACAUUAGUGGCAUCUUUGGCGGUGCCGGACGCCGUUUAGUCAAGAAGAUGCGAAGCAGAGAACCUCUUGCUGGAGAUGGAUUGAGUGGGAAACGAGAGCAAUCUGUCGACCGCUUGGCAAUUAGUCCUGAGGAUCCUCGUGCGGAGCCCACUAUCGCCUUCAGUAACACGCUGGCCUCAGGGCAACUUGACACUCCUCCUAUUCCCGUGUCGAAUUCUGAUCAACACGUUAGUCCGAAGAGCUCAGUCAGCGGGACUAACUUGCUUUUGCCUCCCAAUGUAUCUGAAGUAGUAGAAGCUCCUACGUCAACUUCUACUAAUGGCCCACCGUUGCAGAGAUUGUCGCCUUCGGGAGCCAAGCGCCGAUCAUCUUCCCGACGAGAGAGCAACAUCCUUAGGCCGAUUAUCAUUCCUUCCGAGUCAAGUGCAGAGGCAAUCGAUCGCGCUCACGAACAAUUGUACCGGCGACAUCAGAUGCAGGAUGCCAUCGAUAGCGACCCUCAUCGUUCAAAUCUGUCAUUACAUCCGCAACGUCCUGUUUCCGAGCUAGUAAAUAGUUGCCCGCCCAGCCCCGAUGAUGAAAUAUUCAUCAAAGGGAAAGGGAAUGAUGAAUCUCGAAGAGAAUCUUCCUCUCGAUCGCCUCCAGGCUCCGGGCCCGCCACUCGUCGAUUGGAACACGAGCUCUUGAGCUCUUCUGAGGAGCAGCUCACUUCUGGAAUAUCCCAGUCGACCUCAUUCCCAUCCAUCCCUUCAGUGGUUUCAGCUAGUUCUUCGGUCUCGGAGGAUGAUUCAUCAACGCAGAAGGAAGGGGUUUCUCCUCUCAUCCUCACCGAUGACACGGUAACACCACCUCGGCAACGGGGUUCUGGGUCGAGAUUAUCUUCACCUAGAUCUGAAGAUGAGGCGGGCUACAAUGGCGACCACGACCAUGCCGUCGAAUCUGACGACGAAGAUGAGAAUAACGGCUCAGAUGACGAUUUUCUCGUCAUGCCUACCCGCAAAUCGGGACCCGAACGCCGGCGGAGUCUGAUGACCGUGUCCAAUGCUGCGCUUUCGCGGCGCUCCAUCCGACGGACCUCGACCAGCCGCCGUACCAGUCGCAGUACAAGCAAUGGGACGGUUAAAAAGGUUGUCAGUAACGAGGAAGACAUUGGUCACCAUGAUGAUAGCAAUCGGAUAGAACACGCCAUCUGA